AUGUCUCGCCAGGCCACCCAGUUCAAGCAGUUCCUCAGGCUUGUGGCGCGUUGGCCAAAAGACCCGUUGAAAAGCGAGGACCGACAAUUGGCUUUCCACCUCGAUCAACAAAUCCAGAGAUUUAAGAAAGAUCCAACAGUUUUUGGCGACGACGCAGCCGUUUGUGAUAAACGAUAUGCAGCACUCGAAAGAAUUGUGAACAACGACGUUUUUCGACAAUACCCACACAACUACACGUCCGGCUGCUUUGGGCUGAAUUUGGAAAAGUGCAAGGCAAUAAACGGCGAGUCUGGACGGCAAACGCUUGGCUUCGGACGUGAAUCGCGGUGGAAAGCGCUGUGGAACAAGCUCUUCCCAAAGCCCGCCGACUACAAGGGCAAG